CUCGUCUUGUACAGUUGGCUGUUGAUCCUGCAUAUAGAGAAUAAUUUCCAUUGUAGCUACAGUUUUCUGACUAAAUGACCCUGUGGUUAAGGCGAAAGUCAUUACCUCUGAAGCCGCCCGUGGAGGCUGGUAGGACGUAAUCUCUUCUUCAUCAGCAGAUGGAGAUGAAUCUUGGUACGGGACUAGUUUGAUUUGUUCCGUCUGCAAACAAAAUAUGAUGUCAAUACAAUUCUUGUCUGUUUUGACGUGGCAUAUUCUGUAUAAUCCUCUUUCAUUGGGCCCCAAUGGCUCCCAUCGCCGAAAAGAUUCAAAAUAUCUUUCCAUAGUAAGAAUACACCGCUUUUCGGCAUAUUGGCUAAUUUGACAUGGAUUCUACUCCCGCCACUGAAGAUUUACCUGAUGACAUUCAUUUUCAACAAACUCAAAUACCAAAAUCUGAUUAUGAGAUGUACCAGCACGGUUCUUUUGACAAUGACUACAAGGUAGAGGCACUUCACAUACCGGUACACGUCCGCACUAGCUUUUCGCCGCCCUGCCGUCUUCCAUGGUUAGAAGUUCGCAUGACAAGCAGGCCGAUUUCAAGCGAAUGGCCAAAAUUGAUGUAUCCCUCUGCAUUGGGGAACAUAACACCAUGCUUUGCACAAGAAGAUUUAAAGUCACACAGAAGCAUUUGA